AUGAAGAUAAAAUGUAAACCCUUGGUGACUGAUAUUGAGCUGGCUCCGCCCAUCAACGGCCGCAAGGAUGAGGAGCUUGUUCUUGAGACCGAGGAAGCCCUGCCUCAGCAUCAGCUCAGCCGGGAAGAAAUCCAGCAAACUCGAAAUAUCCUGAAUGCCCUUUCCGCACGCAGUAGCCAUCCCGAGGAAGAAAUCAUUUCUCUGUUGCACGGAAGAGAAGAAGAAGCACCCGAUAGAGACCGGGAAGAAGAGGCCAAGAGGCUGGCCCGAGUAGACGACCCCGAGGGCGAGUAUGUGGAACCAUUUCUGUACAACCGCGUCACAAUGCGUGCUCUCAAGGAUUACAUGAUGGACGAGGAUUUGUUGCCCGAUGACACCUUUAGUUUUCUGGUGACAUCCAAAGUUCAGGCAACUCCUUUCAUCCUAGCUACCUUGGUUUUCGUCUUCAAGUUUUCUAUCUAUGCCGUCACUUCCUUGGACGUGGCUGGCUUUGACAAUCCCAGCAAUCCAUUCAAUAUACCGGCAUCCGUGUCUGGGGCAGUCCGAGUGUCACAGCUGCUAUCGUUGCUACUGUCCAUAUUUAACUUUGAGGAUAUUACACAUUCUCUACGAAUUAUGCGCAAUGGAUGGAGCUAUGAGAUUCUCAGAAAGGAGUUCCCUGAUGUGGCUCAUGAAAGCAACCUGGCACUUGCUGCUCGGUGGUAUUUCUCCCUUCUUCUUCGCAUGAGUGGAGGCGUUUUCGGGCUCAUGCUGACAUUUGUACUCAUUAUGCAAUCCACAACUGCCCUCGAUGUGCUGCUCAACUACGCGGCCAUGGCUUUUAUUGGUGACAUUGACAACAAAGUCUUUGCACUGGGGAGAGAGAACUAUUUCGGGUCACAAGUCCGACGGCACUGUUCCCUCGUGUUGCUCUCAGAAAAUCCAGAUCCUGGACCUGUUUGCCCACGGAGAUUCAGUCAUCUCAUUAGCCUGACAUUCAUCUAUCUGGUCCUAUUCAUGUGCUGGCUGAUCAUUGUGGCAAAACAGGAAAAUGGUGACUACCUUUGCGAUACCAUCUUGGUAGAGUUUGGCGAUGAUGUGAAUCCUACCCUGGGAGCAUUCAGUGGCCUCUACGAUCGCGUCCAAGAAAACCCCAGAUCAUUUUUCACACCUCGUAGAUCAAUCUACUUUGAGCGGCAGUCAAAGAUUGCUGCGUACUCGUAUUGUUCGGAGGAAAAAGUGUGGGGUUUCAGAUAUAACCUUGGUUACACGAUGAAUGAGAUCUUGGAUGGAGCCAUCAGUGAAGCCGACUUUUGCCAAGACUUGGAUGCUUUCAGCUCGGAAGCAACAACCUUCAACAUUUUGGAAACAAUGGAGAACAUAAGAUGGUUUGCCAAGAACCAAGAUGAGCGAGUUGUUCCACUUCGGGAGCUCGACUUAUCCAUGGAAUGUUAUGAUUGUGGCAGCCAAACAUUUGGAAAUUGUGGAUCCAGGGGCAAAUGCAUUGAAGGAAAGGGUUGUGUGUGCGACGAUGGAUGGUUUGGAUUGACAUGUCAGCUUCGUUCUCCCUGCGAUCGUAUGGAGAUCGAUGUCAGAGGCGGCGAGUUCGAAAGCACCCGAACUUGGUCAAAAGACUUUGAUCUCUUUGCUUUGGCAAAUGAAAGCGGAAAAGAGGAAGUAUUGAGCCUCUAUGGACGCCCUCUGUAUGUGCAUCAGUAUCCAAGUGGUCGCGUUGAUAUCAUAUUUUUCACCGGUCGACGAUGGGCACUGACAUUGCUGGGAAACAUUCCUGGGGUGUCCAGGAUAUCAGACUUGUCAAAGUUUGUGGAGAAUUUUCAUGCAUACUACAGCAACUAUACGGUUGACUUCCUAAGUGAGUCAGUAGAUGCAGCUGCAGGAAAGGCAAUGCCCGUUGACUUGGGUUGGUUCAGCGCCAAGGACAGGUCGCCAACUAAUUCUGGAAUGCAAGCUGUGGAUCCCCAACAGCCGUCGGAAGCUAGCUUGAUAUGUUCAACCUGCCACAACGAAACCAAUCCAUGUUACUUUGACGAGGUCUGCUCGCCGAAUGGCAGUUGCCAGUGUUCAUCGUCCGCUUCUCAAGGAGCCCUCUGCCAAAAGCCCCCAAUAGGAAAUGGGAUGUGCGACCCAUAUUACAACACAUGGGAGUUUCGACGAGAUGCUGGAGAUUGCUGCGAGUUCGAAUGCAGAAGUAGUGACUUCAAGUGCGGAAGGGAUGUAUCGGGAUAUCUUGAAGUCGGAUAUUUCAAUUGUAGGCCACCAAACGCUGAGAAAGAAUGGGCGGAAUUCAAAGGAUCAAUGAGUUCCGACAUGGGCGCAAUGUCUACAAACGGGGCAGUCCUUGCAUCGACAUUCGCUGGACCGUACGGCACAGAAGUGAGAAUCUUCGAUCGAGAUGGAAGCCAAUGGGAUCAACGAAGGCGGCCUCUGGUCGUCCUCCCUGUCUUUCAAGGCAUCGAAAGCAUCGCCAUCGGAACCCACUUGACUACCGCUAUCGCCAAUCCCAUGGUUCGCCCUCCAGCCGUUGUUGUUGUGGGAUGUCCAGCCACAAAAAAAGCAUUUGUUUCAAAAUGUGAAACCUUUGGCUGUUCCCAUGUGUCUUCGACAGUGGAUGCUCCGUCUAGCAUGGAAGCUUUUCGGUUUGGACACAGCGUUGACAUCAGCAAUAAUGGAGAUAGGAUUGCUGUGGCAUCGUUGGGAAAUUUCGGCAGCGAAAAUGGCUUUGUACUAGUGUUGGAACACAAUCUUUCUGACACAUCCGAACAUUUCUGGAACGAGAGCCUUGGGGGCCCGGUCCUCUCUCCAUCCCCCCUUCUUCUCUCCAUGGCUCUAUCUGGCAAUGGGGAGAUCUUGGCAGUCGCUUCUGGAGACAGCUCAGGGUUCAUGUCUAUUCAAACCUACUCUUGGACUGGACUCAGCUGGAAAAAGGUUGGGAGCGAGAUUCCUGGUAGCUUUUGUUUGCACGAAGACAACAAGUACAACCGCCUCGUCUCUUUGUCUAGUGAUGGUUCAACCCUUGGUGCGGUGGUCGGCGGGGCUGGUAGUUCUGUUUUUGAUUGGUCAUCUGACUUGGGUUGGGUCCAACAAGGCAGUGUAUUGUUGCCAAUUGCCAACGAGGAUUGUCGACUAGAUCAAACCAUAAGGUUGAGCGGAGAUGGGAAAAUUGUUGCCGUUGCAAACACAGCAGCACAAGAGGCAUUUUUUGAAGUGUUUGAGUGGACUGAUUCGGAAUGGAAGAGUGCCGGAAAGAGCGACGUCAAGCGAUCAUAUAACAUUCGCCCGACGCUUUCCCUCACCUCUUUUGGAGACAUGCUUGCUUUGUCUGCCGGCUCCGUGGGUAUUGGUUCGACAGGGAAACUAAAAGUAUAUGAACUCCCACUGCGUAGGUGUGGACACAUGGGACUCUUCCAUCUUUCUUUUGUCACCACGGAGAAUACAACGUGGACAUUGUCGGAGAACGGCACACGUGUGGUGCUGGCUGAUGGAGGUGAUUUCAUUGGGCAUGACUCUGUCUCCAUCACGGAAGAUAUUUGUCUAGAAAGACACGUAUGCGCCUUUCUGAGUAUCAACGGCACAAAGCAGUUCAAGGUAUAUUGGAAUGGCAACGAGAUUGAAGUUGAAGAAAGUCAUAGAACAUCCGGGUGGAACAUUCCGGUUGGAAAUUGCAGUGGUUCCCCUUCGUGA